CCUCACAAAUCUCAGCUCAAACUAGAACUCGAACCCGGAUAGACAAAGAAAUGGCUCACUACCAGAGCGUUUCAUUGAUGAUCCGCUUCCUUCUAGGUCAUUUGAUUCUCCUCAGUUUAGUCCGCCUCUCGCGCGCUGAUCCUCCUUACCAGCUCUGUUCGAAACAUUUGUCCGACAGCACGUUUCAGAAUAAUCUCGGCAAUCUUACAGCGAAUUUGUCCUCGAAUGCUUUGCUCUCACACUUCUAUAGUACCUCUUAUGGCGAUGGCACAGAUAGAGUCUAUGGUCAGCACAUGUGCCUGAAUUAUGUUAGGAACCAAGAGUGUCAGAACUGCGUUGUUUCGGCCUCACAGGACAUACUGAGGCUCUGUACUAAUGAUGCCGAGGCGAUCGUCUGGGAGGAACACUGCCAGUUGCGGUACUCGGGUCGGGAUUUCAUCGGCCAUUUGGACAUCACGGGCAACAUUUGGAAGGAUAACCUGAUGAAUGUUUCGCGACCAGACCGGUUCAACUUAGCCGUCAACGCCACUCUGCAGAAUCUCACCAGAGUGGCGGCUUUUGAUCCUUUGUCGGACAGGUACGCAACCGGCGCAGUCAAGGUUAAAGAUGCGAGCGCGUCAAGGCUAUACGCGUUGGUGCAGUGUGGAAGAGAUCUAUCUGGAAGCGACUGCAACAUCUGUCUUCAACAAGCAAUCGCAGAUGUGUUGGGGAACUGUUCCUUCUCAGUCGGCGCAAGGAUUCUCAGCCGCAGCUGCUAUUUGAGAUAUGAGCAGUACGCGUUCUAUGAAGGCGAAACUGCACCGGAGCCUAAUCAAACCACACAGGGAGGUAGCAGAAAGAAAAUAUGGUUGAUUGUGAUUCUUACGGUCAUAGCCGCCGGAUUAGCGGUACUUCUCUUGGUGUCCUGCGUUUACUAUCGUCAAAUCCACAAAAGAGAGAGAAGAGGGAAUAAAUCAGUUACCCAGCUCGGCGUGAUCCAGAAUACUAGCUAUGCCAGUGAUAGUACGAGUUUCAUGAACCAAACUUUUCAACGAAGAUUCGAGAAGAAUGCUUCGGAUUCUCCAUUUAUCGACUUCGCGACCAUACUAACUGCUACUAACUAUUUCUCUGCUUCAAACAAGCUGGGACAAGGCGGUUUUGGCCCGGUUUAUAAGGGAAUUUUAGGAGAUGGAAGAGAGGUAGCUAUCAAGAGGCUCUCAAGCACCGAGCAGGGGACCGAUGAAUUUACCAAUGAAGUCUUGCUCAUAAUGAAGCUCCAGCAUAAAAACCUCGUCAAGCUUUUGGGAUUUUGUGUCGACAAUGAAGAGAAGAUCCUCGUCUACGAGUACAUGCUCAACGGCAGCCUGGAUGUGGUCCUUUUCGAUCGAGAGAGACGAGCAAAACUCGACUGGAGAAAACGCAUCAACAUUAUAAGUGGAAUAGCACGCGGGGUUCUUUACCUUCACGAGGAUUCCCGCCUAAGAAUCAUUCACAGAGACUUGAAGGCAAGCAAUAUAUUAUUGGACUCAGAGAUGAACCCGAAAAUAUCCGAUUUUGGAAUGGCUCGAAUAUUUUCUGGAAAUGAUGGCAGAGCGAACACAGCAACCAUAGUAGGAACAUAUGGAUACAUGGCGCCGGAGUAUGCUAUGGAAGGACUAUAUUCGACUAAGUCCGACGUUUUCAGCUUCGGAGUUCUUGUGCUCGAGAUAAUAACAGGAGAAAGAAACGCUAGCUUCCAUCUAACGAGACGAGCACCGACCCUUGCUGCAUAUGCAUGGCAUCUGUGGCAGGACGAAAGAGAAUUGGAGCUGGUGGAUCCAUUGAUAAUCGACUCGUGCUGCGCGGAAGAAUUUAGGCGAUAUAUGCAGAUCGGACUGUUGUGUGUUCAAGAAGACGCAUAUGACAGGCCUACAAUGUCGUCCGCGGUUGUUAUGAUGCAAAGCGAGAGCACAACUCUUACAAAUCCUCAACGACCAGCUUUCUCAGUGGGAAGGUUCGCCGAAUAUCACCAAGAAGUCACGGACAACGGCUCUUCUGUCAAUGGCCUAACCAUUUCGAAUGUCGACGCAAGAUGAUAAACCCAAGAAAGGAGACAUCGAGACUUUGCGAGUUCACGCAUCUCGAUUGGUCACUCGUGCAUUUAGACUUUCUUACAAUAGUCUGUUCACUAGUAUAACAAGUUCUACGUGUUCAUGCAGUAUGGUGAAAAGUGUUUCUGUACAUAUUCGUUCGCCGUGCAGAGUCAUGUAAUUGUCAAAUUGUACUGAUGACAACAGCAUUUUGUUGAAGUAGAACACUAUCGGCUUCUGCAGCUUGAGCACAUUGGUAUCAAGCUG